AUGGCUAGUCGUGAUUUCAGUAGAAGUGUACGGCCUACUGACCCGGACUUUGGUGAUCGGAUUCAAAGGUUGAUGGCUAAUGCAGACAGUGAUAACGAUAGUGAUUUCAGCGUGAUCGACGAUUCAGAUGCCGAUCCGGACUUUGUCAUCUCAGACCACGAGGACCAAGUCAUACCAGGAACACCUAGUUCUUCAGAAAGUGAAGAAGAUGAUAUUGAUGAACUCCAAGCCCAAUCAAUCGUCGUGAACGCCAAUAGUUCACGUCUACCAUUACUAACGCUGCCUAAAUUUUGUGGGGCCUACACUGAGUCGACAAAUUUCUAUUCGAUGUUCACGUCAAUUAUCGACAAGGACCUCACAAACAUCGACAAACUACAACAUUUGUGUUCCUGUUUGAGUGGCGCUGCCCUCGACACCGUGCGCUCACUGGAAAUAAGCAAUGAUAACUAUAAAACUGCUUUAGAACUUUUGCAGAAGCGUUUCGAUAACAAACGUCUUAUAUUUCAGGCACACGUCAGGGAGAUAUUUGGGCUGAGCAAGGUGGGUUCAAACGUAGGCAUGCUCCGAAAGCUGACAGACAAGGUCACUUCACACAUUCGUGCAUUACAGUCGCUCGCAUCUAACGAGAAAAUUGCAGACUGCAUCAUUGUACAAAUGAUUCUCCAGAAACUUGACAAAACGACGCAGGCCAAAUGGGAGGAAACCCCUUCGAUCAGCGAGCUGCCAUCCUGGGAUCAAUUGACUGCAUUCUUGGAAAGGCGCUGUCGAAUGCUUGAGAAUGUUGAGCAUGCUGGUCAGGCGUUAAGGCAUAGCAAAAACGACAGUAUUAGUCAAAGGAAAACGUUUGUCGCCUCCAAAGGCUCAACACGUGUUUGUGUAUUUUGUGGAUCACCCGAGCAUGCAAUUUAUAGUUGUAAACUUUUCACAAAUUUAGAUCCGAACUCGCGCCUGGGGGAAGUUAAGAAGCUUGCACUUUGUCUUACCUGCCUCAAGGCUAGCCAUCAAAUGCGGGACUGCAAAUCCGGAUCGUGCCGCACCUGCCAGUCGAAACACCACACGCUCCUGCAUUUUAACCGCUCAACUGCUUCGUUAACCGAUAGUCAAGCCGAUGCUUCAUCGGUGGCCACGAUUCGAUCCAGUGCUAUGACUGCAUCGAUAUCUGCUUCGCUUAAUGCCCCCGUGUCUCCUUCUGAUGCUGUGCUCCUAGCUACUGCCGUCAUUCUUGUAAAAAAUCGUGCUGGAAUCUUCGUGUUCUGCCGCGCUCUUUUGGAUUCUGGUUCCCAGUUGCAUUUUGUCACAACUCGCUUCGCAAAUCAACUUCAGCUAUCCAAAACAAAAGCUUCUGCUACAGUCUCUGGAAUUGGAGAUGCCAACUUCCCAACGGAAGGUUACUCACUCGAUCUUGUACUUAAGUCGCGGAUUUCAGAUUUUUCAACAAGCAUCACUGCCCUUGUUGUGAAAACCAUCACCGACAAUCAACCUGGCUGCUCCGUGAGCACCAACGAGUGGAAUGUUCCGUCGAAUAUACCACUAGCCGAUCCUGGGUUCAACUUACCACAGCGUAUUGAUCUGAUCAUCGGAGCAGGACUGUUCUUCGAUCUACUUUGUAUGGGUCAGAUACGCUUAGGAUCUGGUUUACCAUUACUUCAGAAAACUCGUCUCGGAUGGGUGCUAUCUGGAGGUAGACAACAAACUCCAAACCUGUCAUCAUUCGUCGUGAGGCAGAAAUCCUCCAGUGGUCUCAUUCCCAGCACUCGGCUGGACUAUUUAGUACGUCGGUUUUGGGAGAUCGAGCACAUUUUCGAACCGAUCUCUAAGGCCUCCCAAGAAGAUCUUGACUGCGAAGCCCACUUCCAGGGAAAUUAUUUUCGAUUGCCAUCAGGUGAAUACUCUAUUCGUCUGCCCAUAAAACGCAGCAUGGAUGCCCUAGGAGACUCCUAUUUACAAGCUCGUCAACGCUUUCAAGGUCUGGAACGAAAAUUCGCCCGUAACCCUGAUCUAAAGGCAGAAUACAGUAAGUUUAUUAAGGAAUAUCUGGACCUCAACCACAUGUCGCAGGUUUCCAACGAGGUUGUACAACAAUGCAAGUACUUCCUGCCACAUCAUUGCGUUAUCAAGGAUGACAGUAGUACAACAAAAUUGAGGGUGGUUUUUGAUGGAUCUGCAACCACUACCUCAGGUUUUUAG